UUUUUUGAUUGUGUUGAGGAUUUUGGAGGCUUUCGGGGAGGAGUGCUACUACGAUGGGAAUGAUUUCUGCAUGAGUCCGGAUGAUAUCCUGUCGUUUGAUCUUCUUCCUGGAACUUUUUUGCUAGAUCCUAACAAGAAUGACGGAAUAGCAAACGGAAAUAUCCUCGGGGAUAAUUUUACAAUGGACGGGACGUACGAAGAGGCGUUCAAUAAAAUGGAUUACCACAGGAAACGAAUGAACGAGUACUUGUGUCACGGUUUUAUCGCUGAGGAAAUAUUCCGCGAGGUGAAAUUGACGAGAGUCAAACGACUGGAGGAUCCGAUGAUGAAUUCAAUUCCGGAUUUCCUCGGGGAUGAAAACGUCACGGUUCACGAUAAACUCCUGUCAGACGAAGGGAGUAGUAAAUACAAGGAGUGGCUCCAGAGAACAACAACUCUGGAUGACGUGUAUCGUCAUUACAUGCCGAAGAAGGUGCAGAAGAAAAUAUUGAAGAAGGGAAUAGUUCAUGAUUUUGAACAAUUCGAUGGUGAAGUCACGGGGUAUGCGAUGCCAGGUCCAGUGGCUCCGGGGAAAAUCGGAUCGUAUUAUGAUGAAGGCGAGGGUAAUUAUGAAUUGAUGAGAGAAGAGAUUAUUGGGAUUGAAGAGGAAAAUAUUUUAGAAUUGAUUUCUUCACCGGGGGAUCAUCAUCAGUACAGUCAACCUCCAACGGGACAUCACUACAGUCAUCCACCAGCUCCUCCGCCUUCUUAUCAUCACAUGCCACAUAGUGAGAUAGUCCCGAUAAUCCACGAGGAACAUUAUUACGAGGCUGAUCAUGAUGACGAGUCCUGGCACGACGUCUCGUGGAAAGGAAAAGGAGAACUCACUAUUAGGGAUUUCUUUGAAAUUGCACUCACGGCUCUGGCGUUUCUAGCUUUCGGACUUUUUAUUAUUCAAUUACUGCUGGCUAUUACGAAUCCAGCAACGACGACGACAACUACUACAACCGCAGCCGAAGGAUUAAGGAUUAAGCGCAACAUUUUUACUCCAAAUUUCUCGUACCAGAGUAAUUCGGAGUUGAAUGAGCUAGCUCAUAGAGUUUUGAGGUCGAUUGAAGCAGCAAUGGUUGCUGAACAGGAUACCGGGCGUUGUUUGAGGUGGACAUUGUGUCGGGAUAAUCGGCACUCCAGGACCAUGAAUUCAGCUCAGAAACUCUGGGUGCCAGUUUGGAGUGUGGGAAUGAGUUGGUUAUGCGGUCGAAUGGUGCGGCAAUCGACUUGGCCCGCCAUGUUUGAUUCGAUCAAAGCCUCGAUCCUCGGUCUCGGUGGUGCGAAUUGUGACGAUCUAUACCCAGGGUGCGAUCUCGUUACCGAGAGACGAAAAAGACGCAGACGUCGUAGAAAGUAAAUAAACCCGGAGUUCCAUUAGCAAAGACCUGGAUUAGCUGUCAAGGGGCUGAAUCCAGAGGAACUGGUAGAAGUGAUGAGUAAUUCGAUCCCUUUGGAUUGACGUAAAAAACCCGAGGGUUUGCCGAUUCUAGGGGUCGCAAGUUGUUCAAAAUUCUGUCGAAGUUUCGAUCGUUUAAAUUACGAAAUUGACAAAUCUGAAAUAAAUUCCUGUUACUGCGUUGAUUAAAAAUAUAGA